CUUCGUUUCCACGGAUUUUCCCAACUUCCCAGAAUUUCAUGGCUUGAUUCCCAUAUACUUCCUUUGAAAUUCUUUCACUGGAUUUUCUGUCCCAGAGUGAUGUGAUGUUUACUUGACCGAAUACCACCCUCAGAACAGAGUUUUGAGACUUUCUUUGUUGAUCUCAACAAUUUGCUGUAUUCUCCAAUGGAUGAUGUUGGACAUCGUGAAAAUGGAAGAGUUAAAACGGAUCAGUAUAGAGCAGCUCAAGGCCAGUGGCUGAUGCAUCAGCCAUCAAUGAAGCAGAUAAUGGCCCUUAUGGCCGAACGAGAUGCUGCUAUUCAAGAAAGGAAUUUAGCUCUUUCCGAGAAGAAAGCAGCUAUUGCUGAUAGAGAUAUGGCAUUCUUGCAGCGAGACGCAGCAAUUGCUGAACGAAAUAGUGCUAUAGCAGAACGAGAUAGUGCCAUAGCGAAUCUGCAUUAUCAAGAGAACUCCUCGUCAUCUGGUAAUAUGUCCUCUUGUCCGCAGGGGCUUCAUAUGUCACGUGGGAUGAAGCACAUGCAACAUCCUCAGCAGAACAUUCACCAUCUGCCCCACAUUAGUGAAGUUCCUUAUAACUCGAGAGAAAUGCAUUCAGCUGGUUCCCUUCCGGUGAUGCCAGGUACCUCUGAAGCCGCAAAGUCAAGACAGGGUAAACGAGCAAAAGAGGCCAAGGUAAUUGCAGCUAACAAGAAGGCUUCAAAGCCUCCUAAAAAAGUAAAACAAGAAAAUGAGGAAUCGAACAAGAUUAUGCCUGGCAAGUCACGUGAGUGGAAGGGUCCACAAGAUGUGGAUGGUGCUGGUGAUGAUCUCAACAAACAGUUAGUUACUGCAAAACUCGAUUGGAAAGGUAAGGAUCUGGGAUUGAAUCAAGUUGUAUUCGACGAGUCAACCAUGGCACCACCUGUUUGUUCAUGCACGGGAGUCCUAAGACAGUGCUAUAAAUGGGGAAACGGUGGAUGGCAAUCUUCAUGUUGCACAACCGCCUUGUCUAUGUAUCCAUUGCCAGCAGUUCCGAACAAAAGACAUGCCCGGAUCGGUGGCAGAAAGAUGAGUGGAAGUGCUUUCAACAAGCUGCUUACUCGGCUUGCAGAGGAAGGUUAUGAUCUGUCCAACCCCGUCGAUCUUAAGCAUCAUUGGGCCAAGCAUGGGACAAACCGCUACAUCACCAUCAAGUAGGCUGUUUAAAAAACCAAAUGCGUAUCGGAAGUUAUGUAGCAUUAGAGAACAGUCGUUUGGCGUUCAUGUUUCCAUCCUUUGUCAAUUUAGCAGUGUAGGAAAAAUAAAUGAUCCGGAAAUGACACUAGGUGGGUAAUGCCAACUUAAUUUCGGGUUUACUUCGAAACGGCCCCUCUGAGCUCUCUCUAUACGGCUUCGAUCCUCCAUGAGCAGACUGGUAUACAAAGAGAGGAUAAAGGAUAUAUGAUAUGGUCUCAUCCAAUCUUGGAAAAAUGAUGGGGUUGUCAACUUGCCACUUUGUAGCAUGUAACUGAAUUGAAAAAGUAUUGUACCAGUUGUACUUUAAUGG